AUGGAUUUUCCUACGGAUUCGACGUUUCCGUUGGACAACGAUAGCGAUAGCUAUAGCCAAUCGUCUUCCGACAAUGAGACGCUUAAAUAUUUUGUGUCGGUGUAUAACGAUCUUGAAGGAAGUUCGAACCGCCCAAAGAAGAAAAUGGUGGAUCGUUCAAACAACGAUAUCAAUGUUUUGCACACCUCGCCGUUGUUCCAAACCGUAACAGAUGGUACCGAACCCUUCUGUCCAUUCUAUGUUAAUGGGCGAUAUUACAGACGAGGCUUUCUUCUUGUGGAUGGUAUUUACCCAUCAUGGUCUGUUUUCGUGAAGGCUCCUUCGUUUCUUGUCGAGGCUAAAGAAAAAACGUUCAAAAAGUUGCAAGAAUCGGCAAGAAAAUAUGUUGAGAGGUCUUUUGGUGUUUUAAAGGGUAGAUGGAGCAUUCUAAGCCGACCGGUUCGUGCGAUGAAUAAGAAAUCAAUACAUAGCAUAGUAUAUGCAUGUAUCAUAUUACACAAUAUGUUAAUCAAACAAGACGGGCGUGCAACAUCUCCAGAUUGGGUGCCGGAUCCUCCUACACAAGUUCACGUUCCCGAAAAUAUCCAACAACAAUUGCGUGAUGAAGAAACCCACUUUCGGUUGAGAUACGAUUUCAUCGAACUAGUAGGCUCUUUAGGUUUGGAAUUUUCUAAUUCGGACGAGGAGUAG